AUGGGGAGAAUCCCCCACAGACCGGGCGGCCCUUGGUCAGGGAUUCUCCUGGCAGCCUCCGUCCUCGGCUCCUGCCUCCAGCCGGUGCUGGCCCAGACCACAGUGACCAUCGUCCUCACCCCGCCGAGCCCCGUGGUGGGAGGGGACGUCAGCCUGGCCCCGCAGCCACCACCACAGGACUUCAUGUACUGCAGCUCCUUGCGAUAUAAGACCACUGAUGGAAACCGCCAGAUCCUCACCUACUUCCCACUAACGCCCCCUGUUCAGCAGAACGGCCUGGCCCACACAGGGCGGGAGACAGCGGGGCCCGGCUGCGUCCUGAACAUCGCGGGGUUAACGCUCAAUGACACUGGGUUCUACAUGAUGGAGAUAGAGCGCCGGACUAGCUUUGUCUUCGCGAUAGAGUAUCUGCCCGUCUAUGAAAUCCUGCCCAAGCCCACGGUGAUGCCCGGCCAAACCCAGGUGCUGGAGAACGGGACCUUCACCCUCACGUGUAACAGCUCCCCCAGCGCCGACACCGUGCUCUGGCUCCGGGACGGGGCGUACCUCGCGCCCAGUGAGCGGCUGGUUCUAUACUCUGACAACCGGACCCUCACGGUGCUGAAUGUCACCCGGGGCGACGCCGGCACCUACCAGUGUGAGGUCAGGAACCCCGUCAGCACCGACCGCAGCGAGCCCAGCACCGUGAUGCUGGCCUAUGGGCCGGACUCUACCAGGAUGGACCCUCCAGGACCCAUCAACCUGACCUUCGGAUCGCUUCUGACCCUGACGUGUGUCGCUGACUCCGUCCCAGCCCCGAGCUAUCGCUGGGUUCUCAAUGGCACCGACACUAAGGAGACCGGGAGCAGCUUGACCUUUAACCCCAUGACCUGGGCUCAGCAGGGCACAUACGAGUGCCAGGCUCACAACCCCGUCACCAACCGCACUGCCUGGGCUACCACUCUGACGCUCUCUCUGUUCCCAGAAAUCCUGCCCAAGCCCACGGUGACGCCCGGCCAAACCCAGGUGCUGGAGAACGGGACCUUCACCCUCACGUGUAACGGCUCCCCCAGCGCCGACACCGUGCUCUGGCUCCGGGACGGGGCGUACCUCGCGCCCAAUGAGCGGCUGGUUCUAUACUCUGACAACCGGACCCUCACGGUGCUGAAUGUUACCCGGGGCGACGCCGGCGCCUACCAGUGUGAGGUCAGGAACCCCGUCAGCACCGACCGCAGCGAGCCCAGCACCGUGAUGCUGGCCUAUGGGCCAGACUCUGCCAGGAUAGACCCUCCAGGACCCAUCAACCUGACCUUUGGGUUGAUUCUGACUCUGACGUGUGUCGCUGACUCCGUCCCAGCCCCGAGCUAUCGCUGGGUUCUCAACGGCACCGACACUAAGGAGACCGGGAGCAGCUUGACCAUUAAUCUCACGACCUGGGCUCAGCAGGGCACGUACGAGUGCUGGGCUCACAACCCCGUCACCGGCCGCACUGCCUGGGCGUCUGUUGCCGUAUGGGUGACAGGGACGGGUGCUCCUUCAGCUCUCUCUGCCUGGGCCGUCGCUGGGAUCAUCAUCGGGUCACUGGCGGGGGCGGCGCUGGUCGGAGUCGGUGUCUAUUUCCUCUACUCUCCCUGCCGGAACGAGACCCACAAGGAGAACGAGGCACCCGUCCUGGUGUACGAGAACCUGCCCCCGACAGCCUGGGUGGGGCCAGUGGCCCAGCCCAGGAGCCCCCCUGACCCCAGCCCCACGUACCAGACGCUGCAGCCCCAAGAGCUGGACGUGUACGAGGAGCUGAAGAAGUGA